CCCAACUCAAAAGGGGGAAAAGGGUUUACAGCUUCAGGCAACUUCAUCAAACAGUGCAGAAAAUGGGGAAAUCGGGAGACCUUUGGGACGAUUCUGCCCUCCUCAAAGCCUUCGACGGCGCCGUUUCUAAAUACAAGAAGAUGCAUGGGUUGAGUGCGGUAACCGAAGGAGAAAUUGUCGAUAAUAAUACAGAGGAAAAAUUGCCAACUGCUGAAGCUGAUAAUGGAAGCAGCGGAUUGGUCGAUAAUAAUACAGAACAUGUAAAGAAAAAUGAUGACAGUUACGCCGAUGUGGAGACUACCGCCAAAAUCGGAGAGACCGCUAAUAAUUUACACCUUUUACAAAUCAAUGAAAACCUGUCUUUGGAAAUAGAAAAUUGUGCAAUGGAAUCGCAUAACGUACGGAGUCAAAACGAGGCUGCAUGGGGUUCAAUUAAUCAAGAACAGUAUAACCAGUUGUUGAGCAAAUAUUACGAGAUUGAAGAUCAGAGGCAAAAGAUUCUUCAACAGCUUAACCAAUGCAACAAUUGGAAUUAUCAAAAUCCAAUUUCCAAUACAUCCACUUCUGAAGAGUAUUAUCGAGCAUCUCUUCCUCAACAGCCUUACGACACUGUUACCUGUUACUGUUCGUAUGGUUGCCAAAAUUGGGUUGUUCCAUGCGACUCGUUAACAGCUUCGUGUCCCGAUGCUAUUUGUAAAGAUGCUCGGAAAGGGCAUUCGAUUUCGCAUGAAGAAUCUGAUGAUAUUGUUAAAAUUGCAAUGGAUGCCGCAAAAAGAGCAGUGUCGUCAAUAACGCAGGAUGCUUCGAUUAAAGCCGGUGUGAGUGCAAAUGAAGGAAAUUCAGUCGAGAUUAAUGCUCAGUCAACGGAAAGCAGUAAGACUGAAACAGAUCUUGCGGCGGUUCUGAAUGCUUGGUAUUCUGCAGGUUUCUACACUGGAAAGUAUCUUUCGGAGCAGCAGUCUGUGGAGAAGAAGAUAAAACGUGGCAAUGGCCUUUGAUCAAGCCUUACAAUAUUAAUAUUAAUAUUAAUGAAGAGAUGGGUAAUUUCUUUCUAGUCCUAAAUGGAAUAUAAUUUAUCUUCGAAGGAACGGAAUUUUUCUCAUGCAAUGAACAUAUGCAAGAAUGCUGAAGAGAGAAUGGUAUGCAUAGAUUUUUUACGUCUACCUACAUAUUACUUUCUUCCAGUCUUUUUCCUUGUUCUCACUUCGUGAAAUAGAAAUAGAGCUGUAACUUUUAUGUUUUGCGAAUUGCGACGUUUGAAUUGCGAAUCUUGGUUACGUAUUUUUACCAUAACUCUUAUGUCACCAACUUUAA